AUUAUAUUGAUGUCGACACCGAAAAAUAUCUAACAGUAAAUAGUGCAAAAUUUCUGGCUUCGUCACUGUAUACUGCACCUUAAAUAAUUAUCACAUAUAUGUGUAGCCCCAACUGCAUUCAUACUAAAAUGGAGUUUGAGUGUGUAUCGCGUUGUGUGUAUCAGAGCCUGAUGUGUGGAUGAUUUAUAUUCUCACAGGUGAAAUUCCAAAAGAAAAUUCUCUUCUCAAUAAGUUAGUGCAGUGGAACAACGCCAAAAACCGGCUUCAAGGAUCGUUGCCGAGAGAAAUUGGUAACAGAAGCGCUCAAGAUCUGUGGCUUGACUUCAAUGAAUUAACUGGUCCGAUACCAUCCACCUUUGUGAAUCAAUCAAGCAUGAUUACUUUUUCACUACGUUGCAACAAAUUAAGUGGAGAGAUUCCACCAUCCAUUUGCAACUUGAGAUCCCUCAAAAUCCUCUACUUGUCGAACAAUUCAUUGGAGGCAGCAAUUCCAGACUGUCUAGGAAACUUGAGCACAUCUCUGUUGAUCUUCAAUUCGAAUACAAAUAAACUUACUGGACUCCCAUCAACUUUCUCAAAGGGUUGCAAUAUCCAGUCAAUCAAUUUGAAUGGAGACAAAUUGGAUUAUUAAUUGAACCAUUCUUGAAAAUUCAAAUAGUUUGAAUUUUAGUUUUUAGUGCAUUUAAUUUCACCGCGAAAAGCAGUCACUUUAUACUGCCACCGUAAAUAUUCUCAAAAUAAGGUUUGUAUUUUAAUCAAUCGUACGUAAA